UUACAGCAAUACGCUAAGCCGCUCGAUUGGCAAAAAUCAACGUAAAAAAACCUUGAAAUCUUCAGUUUCGCAUUCAGGUGACCUCCAGUUCCGGUCGGAAGUCCAGGGAAACGUAAUAAACGCGAAGUGCGCUCGCUAAGCAACACCUACUGUGGUGGAAAAUUCUUUCUUUCCAUUCACUGUUUCCUUCCAAUUUUCCGUAUAGUCUGUUCCUUUCCAUUUUGUUUGCGUUUCCCAACUAUUUGUGAAAACUAUACCGGUAACGCGGUCUCGAUAGCAUUCCAUCAACACAUCGGUUGACCAGUUGAGAAAAGCAAAGUGAAAGCGAAGAGAGCAAGUGUCCUACGUGACUUUUUCAACAACACACAGCCCCCAAUCACACACCUCCGCUGCGUCUCUGCAGCAUUUUGGGCUCCCCCAAGCGAACGGAACAAUUUAAAUCACAAAGAGAUAACACGCAAAGCAAUCUAUCUAAACAUCAGCAAGCGGAACUAAUAGUGCCCUACGGAUUAAGCCGUUUUCGCUGCUCCCAGUUUUCGGUUUCCCUCGUGUCCCCCCAAAUUCGUCAAAAUUUGCGUCGUAAAGAUGGACCUUUUAAAAAAAUUCAUGGGUCUCGACGGUAGAAAGGACGACGACGACGAUAAUCGCAAGAAAAAACCAUCUCUCGGGGACGAGUUCCGUAAACCGAUUUGGGUGGAAGAGGACGAUAGUGACGAUGAACUGUUCGACAACCAGAAGCUGUACGGUGUGCAGAUCUUCACCAGUCCGCUUGAGAUGCAGAAGCAUUAUGAGCGCCAGAUGCAGGACAUGCUGAAGUCCCUCGAGCAGUACGAUGAGAGUACCAAGCUGUUGGAUCGCGAUCUGAAGGAAGACUUUUUGAAACCCGGCUUCGAGGAUGCCGCAGGAAACGAUCUCGCCAAAUGCGAUACGGAUCUCGAUGGAGUGAUCUACGCCGAUCAGCUUCACUCGCUUCUGCAGCGCAUCUCUCCCGAGUGGAAGGACUUGCUGUCGAAGCAACCGAAGAACGAAACGAAGUCGGAGCCCAACCAACGUCGCAAGCCGCUUAGCGACGAGGAGAAAAUCAUGGAUUGGAUUCACGGCAUCAAGGAGCAGCAGCAGCCGAAGCAGAUCCCUCCGGCCACUCGGCGCAACAAAGCUUCCCCUUCGCGCUUCCACGAUGUUGGUAUCUUCGAGGGUGCAUUCCAGGGACCGCGAAUGUUCGGGCAAAGCAUCAUCUCGCAGACGAUUCGCCGCCCGGAUGGGUCCUACGAAACUCGCCGUACGGUUCGCGACUCCGAAGGCAAUACGCAAACCACCAUAACGCUUGCGACGAAGGAUGGUCGCAAGGAAACGAUCACUACUGGGUACGAAGGAGCCGACGAUGGCGGGCCGCCGUCCGGAGGGAAGAUGGGAACGGCCACAGCGCCGGGCGCUCUGCUGGCGCUCGGCGACAAGUUUGCGCUCAACAACGGUGGUUACGUGCUGCCGAAGAACCUCUGGUGACUUCACGCGCAAACCCAACGUAACGAUACGCUGAAGGUAGAUGACGAUCGGCAGAGGCCGAAGCGUGUCAGUAGUUUCCUGCUCCAACAGCGCCCCACUGAACGCCAUCGGCAGUCCAAACAGCUGGGACCCAGCUGGCGACAGUGCGGGGCGUGGCGUAGGGAUAUUUCGUGUAAUUUCCCUUCCACUGUGGAACGAUACAGUAUCUACAGUAGUAAUAUUAACCGUAGCAGCGAUAGUAGUGAUAGCAGCCAACGCUGCUGCAACGAUCUCUCUUUCCACUCUUUUCCCGCCUGCCAAGCGACUCACGGCAACCACAACAAACGGUCGAAUUCCCACAAACCCGUUCUCUCACCUUCUACUCCGGAGGCGCUUCUUCGAUCGCUACACACCAGCCGCACACUGUUUCUGCUGCUAGCGUUGCUUGAUACCGCUGUAGUAUUCCCGCUUGCUGCGAUGUGUUGUGCCAUGCUGAUUUCCGUAAACGAUCGACUCACCGACGACCGCCCGAUCUUUCGUUCCACGAUCGACAGAGAUAUGCUUAUGUUUUCCUCCCGUGAACGGUGGACGCGUACGGUGACGAUUGUGGGCCUUGGCGGCUUAUGAAGAUUAUUGCCAGUGCACCCGAACGCGGGAACGCACCCACCGCCGUUCCACCAUCCGAACCGACAGCACCGGGUCGGGAAUGGAAUCUGGUUGAGUUUGUGAUAUUAUUUUACGUUAGGCGACCCCGAUCACCGGUGGAGGCGGUCGAGCUAUUGCGACAUUAAUGGCGACUGCUACAUGUCGUCCACUAUGAUUGUGAUUACGGUUAUCAUUACGAUUAUUAUUGCUAGUAUCAAUAAUUAUGCUAAGUUCAGUAAGGACGAGCACGAAGGUAACGAAGGUAUGCCACGCAGCUGAUGAUGGCUGGUGAUCGCGAACGCGAAAGGGUUUAGGGUUAGGUUACGUUCACUGAGAAGUACUGAAACGAAGGCGAUGGAAGCGCUCACAGCCCGUAAGAACUGUGCAUAUAAUUUUAGCUAGUAUCUGUAAGUUUUGUUUUCCUAUUCAACAAAACGGAGUCGUUUUUGGGUGAAGUAACAACAAACGAAUGCGUGGACGGAACGGAAGGCCAUGGCCGCCCAGGUGCGACUUUUUGUGAGACUGAGUCAAAGUACAGAGCGAAACUUGGAAAAGGCGGGACACAGGUGGUGGAAGGCAGAGAUCAUCGAUCGAUUAGUGUAUGUGUGCGUGUUGUGUGUAAUAGUGACGUGCAAUUUUGUACUUUGAACAAAAAACGACUAAUGUCUAUCCAACCGCUCUUUGGAGGGAUUGUCUUUCUGAGCGUGUUGCGAUUUUGUAAAACUUAAGUUUUAAUUUUCCAUAGCUCUCGUUUCUUCCACGUGGCCGACGAAAAGACAGUUGAGCGUUGGAAUGUUUCGAAUCUACUGAAAUCGAAAUUAAUCUUUAUACAAGAAAACCCAGUCAGCUCUAUAGCAUAAUCCAACUUAAACUGAUCGCCACUGAAACGGAAGUGGGGCAGGGUUUUUUUCUUUUCUUUUUAAACCACAUAUACACAUCCUGAUUUUUUGGCCAAUUGGCGUGUUUCUUACUCCCUUUAGUAUCCACAUACUCAGAACAACUUUGCAUUUCACUCCUCGUAUUUUCUGGAUAACGGGAAAGCCCUCAAAACAACAGAAGUCAGUCGCAAACAUAGCUUAGUUCCACAGCAGACACAUAAGCCACACUGGCGUAGUGACCCGUAACCCAUUUCAUUUUAUCUCUCUAGCGUAGUAAGGACAAAAACCUUUCAAACGAAACUAUAAAAGUGUGAACCACCUGUCCUUCAUUGGUGAGUAGUGUCAAAUGAGUAAAAUAAA